AUGUUGGCAACAAUACCAACUGAAAAGUUUGGGGAUUUGCAUUUCCUUGAAGAGCUGGACAUCGGCUCUUGUCCAAACAUCCGCUCCCAAAGACUGGUAUCGUCGUCCCUUAAGAAGCUCAUCCUGCGUGGUGCUGGUCUCUUUUGCAAUAUUGAUUGCUGCUCCCUCACCUACUUUUAUUUAGCAAGUGGGCGUGUCACGACCAUCCAACUACAAACGUGGAGUCUUCCAUCUCUACGGGAGUUAACCAUCAUUUGUCAAUCUCUUACAUCUAUUGGAGGCAGCAUUACAACAUUCUCAUCCCUUACUGUCCUAACAGUUAAAUAUUGUUAUAAAUUGUUACCUUGA